AUGUGUGCCAAAACUCGUGUAGCGCCGCUAAAGGCAAUGACAAUACCACGUCUUGAGUUGAAUGGGGCAUUGCUGUUAGCAGAGCUUGCAAGAAAGGUAGCAGAUGCAUGGGGGAACAAUACACACUCCUUUCAGUUGUGGACAGACUCAACCGUCGUUCUGGGAUGGUUGAAAAGUCACAACAAACGACUCAAGACAUAUGUCGCAAACAGGGUGAACCAGAUACUAGAAAUUACUGAGGCUAGACAGUGGAGACACGUCCGCACUAAUGAAAAUCCUGCCGACAUUGCAUCUCGUGGAGUAAAGCCAGCAGAACUCUUGAGAAAUAAUUUCUGGUGGAACGGUCCAGAGUGGCUGACCCAAGACGCAGAGCAAUGGAAGAUCUCAGCCUUACCAGACGAAGAAGAAACAUUACCGGAAAUAAAGCCAGUGCAACUAGCACUUAUCUCAAUUGACUCAUCCAAGGACCUAUUACAGCAUUACUCAAGUUGGAAAAAACUUGUUCGGGCAAUUGCUUGGCUGAACAGAUUCGUCGAAUAUCGAAAGACGAAGGGAAGUGGGACCAAUGCGACUAAAUAUUUGGUUUUAUCUGAACUAAGGUCAGCAGAGAAAAUAUUAAUCAAACGAGCACAAGCCGAUGAGUUUUCAUUGGAGCUCCUAGCAAUGCUUAAACAAAAGGAGAUUCCAAAGGGUAGCAAACUCAAAGGGUUAUGCCCAUUACUGCGAACGGACGGCCUAAUAGUGGUAGGAGGAAGACUUGAAAAUGCAGACCUUGGUGAGAAUCAGAUACACCCAGUUGUUCUACCAGCAAAACAUAAGAUAACAAGACUAAUUUUCGAGGACUAUCAUCAAACACUCCUCCACUGUGGACCGCAAAUGCUACUAGCAGAAGUUAGACAAUGUUACUGGCCCUUAAGGGGUAGGAUAAUGGCUCGUUCUACAGUAACACGCUGUGUCAAUUGCGUUCGUGCAAGACCAAGAUUUGAACCCCCACUUAUGGCCCCUUUACCAAGGCAAAGAGUGCAAAUGUCGCGCCCAUUUACCGUAACUGGUGUAGAUUUUGCAGGGCCAUUACAAAUUCAAAGUGGCAUACGUCGCGUGACAACAAAGAAAGCAUGGAUAGCGGUGUUUGUAUGUUUUUCUACAAGAGCUAUACACUUAGAACCCGUCGUAGGCUUAACAAGCGAAGCCUCCCUUGCAGCCUUACGUAGGUUUAUGGCGAGACGUGGAAAAAGCACCAAGAUCUACAGCGAUAAUGCAACAAACUUCGUGGGUGUGCAAAAAGAGCUAAGGACAUAUUUAGAAAACAGUGAAAGGUACAUGGCUGACGAAGGAGUUCAAUGGCAUUUUAAUCCACCAUCGGCACCACACUUCGGUGGCCUUUGGGAAAAUGCUGUAAAAAGUACUAAGCAUCACUUAUAUCGGGUAAUCAAGGACAGUCGGCUGAAUCUGGAGGAGUUGCAAACAUUGCUAUGCCAGAUUGAGGCAUGUGUCAACUCACGGCCUAUGACACCACUAAGUAGUGACCCAGGAGAACCCAAUGCCCUUACACCAGCUCACUUCCUCAUCGGUGGCCCACUGCUCCUACCACCUGAACCGGAAAUACCAAGUGAGAUAGUUAGCAAUCUCCGCCGCUGGAAGCAUGUCCAAGGAUUGAUGCAGAUAUUCUGGAAACGCUGGCAUAAGGAGUAUCUACCUCAGCUCCAGGUUCGAGGACGAUGGGUUACACCCAGAAAAAACAUGAGUGUAGACGACAUAGUAGUUAUAAAAGAAGACUGCACACCACCUACCAAAUGGAAGCUGGGACGCAUAAUGCAAGUACACCCAGGUAUCGAUGGAAUAGUCAGAGUGGUUACCUUACGGACGUCAACUCAAGCAGAAGUGCGCCGACCAGUCGCAAAGUUAUGCCGACUGCCAACAGAUGCCGAGAUCCAAGUUGAAACCCAUCACUUUCAACGGGGGGAGAAUGUCGCCGCCGCGACAAUACGGCAAUAG